AUGUUCGUGCUUAUCCUGUUGUUGUGCUUUGUGGAAUCAAAAGAGGAGGUCAUAAUGCAUAGUGAUUUGGAAAUCCCCACUUUUCGAGUGGUCAUAGUUUACAUGCUCAGGGCUGAAGUUGAGUUAACGGUGGUCUUCUCAAACAGAGCCCAACGACCUGUUGUUAAGAUAGUUCUGGGAAGAGAAUCGUACUUGGUUGCCUAUAACAUGAAUACUCCCACACCCAGGGAGGUUAGAACUAAUCAGCAGAACCUUACAAUCGAGGAUGAAGACUAUAAGUUAGGCAAUGAAAUCGCAUUCAACGUAUAUUUCAUGAGGUCUGGAGAAAUUAGGCUCGUGAACAAACCAAAAACGUUUGGUCUAGUCAUGUCUCCAAUAGAACCUGAGAACGUUGGUGCCGAAUAUUUGACUAUAUCGACUGACUAUCCGGAACAUGUUUCAAUGAGGAAAGUGUGGGCCUGCUAA